UCGACGGAAGCUGCUUGGCAGUGCGGGUGCUCAUGCAGCCGGAAGGCGGCUGUGAGAUGCCGGACGGAGGCUUGAUGCCGUGAACUCAGCUUAGAGGCAUACAAAAGCGCACGAGCUCGCCGUCCUCGCCCCCGUCAUCAGCACCCUCGACCCUCUCUCCCACCCGCACUUCUACACGCCAGUAUGUCGUCCUCAGUCAAGCGUGUGGACAUGCCGUACGACGUGACGGAGAUCACGGCGGAGACGCCGCUGCCCUUCGAUGACGAGUCGCGCCAGCUCUUCAAGCAGGCCAGUCCGCUGCUCGCCGGCCUCACGGACGAGGAGCUCGCCAAGCACAUCAUCGCCGUGCGCGAUGAGGCAUACAAGGCCAGCAACCCAUACCCGUGCAUCGCCACAUUCUUCUUCGUGCAUCCCGCCGUCUCGACGCUGCAGCACAAGUGGUACCGCGCACUGCGGGCGCGCCUCAACGACCCGCAGGCCAAGCUGCUUGACUUCGCAUGCUGUGUGGGUCAGGACCUGCGCUACCUGCACCAGGACGGCGUCAAGGGCCACCAGAUCGUCGGAGCGGAUCUGGAGCCCAAAUACUUCGAGCUGGGCCAGCGCCUCUUUGCCGACAAGGAGCUGGCCAUCGGUCGUGAAGCUAAGUUCGUCGAGUGCGACAUUUUCAACGCUCGCCACCGUGCCAGCGUGAUGAGCGCCGGCCGCCCGGGCAACGGCGGCUACGACGUCAUCUGGAUCGGCUUCUUUAUUCACCUCUUUCCCUUCGAGCAACACAAGGAGGUGCUGAAGUACCUCCUCUCCUUCAUGAGCAAGGCACCGGGCACCUGCAUUGCCGGUCGCCUGGCUGGCACUGCAGAAGCGCAGCCCAUACUGCGCGUCUAUCCCGACAAGAGCGGGUCCUGGUCAAUCGACGUCGAGAAUGCCAGUCUCUUCCUGCACAACGAGGACUCGCUCAAGGCUGUCUUUGAGGACGUCGCGCCUGGCGAGUGGCGCCUCGAGGCGCAGGUGGCGAAGCGCUGGCCUCCCGCGCUUGCGAUGCGGGACUUGCCCCAGAUGCUCAACUUCAUCGCCACGCGCAAGUGAGCGAGCUCGUCGUCGCUGUGGCAGCGCGAUCGGAUCGUGAAGAUCGUGAAUUGAUGCAUCUCGACCUGACCCCACCGCUGGCGCGUGUGCUUGUGUGUGAUGUUGACGCGUGUGCUCAAGAGGAGCCACGAGGUGCAGACGAAGGCUUGCAGCCUGGCUUCGCAUACGCAGGGGUAUCUUGUACAUCGUCUUGAUGCUCUUGCGACAGCGCGCGUGAGGCCCGAGUCGACGAUGUGCACACGCGCCCUCCACGGCUU